GCUUGCAUAUGCUGAAUUUUUGUGGCUAAACAGAUCAGUGGGAGAUUAUGUCAAGAUACCAGUGUGUGUCAGUGAAAGCUGAACCACCCGGAGCCCAAAAUCAAGGUGGUGGACCGGACUUUUUCUGUUCCUGUUUCCAUUAGACAGACAGAAUCAGCUUUUUCCUGCAGCGACUGUGGUCCUGAAACGUCUGUGACAUGAGACCAAGACUGGACGAUGUCAAAAUUUCUCUGUGAUAGGAAUUCAUUUUGGAUAUUUGUCUGUUUGUGAAAUCAAGAGACUGAAAAUCAUUUUUUUGCGGGAGGUUUUUAAAGCCCUCCUCUUCUUUCUGUUUGACAGGAAGUGCUUUCCAUUUUGAAUCUUGUGAAAAGUUUCUUUCUGACUCACUGAAAGUCACACAACAGUAAAAUGUCUGAAGCUGGAGUACUAUACUCUGAUGUGAAGUUUACAAGAGAGAAGAAAGCUAAUGUUGUCAUUUUCUCGUUGCCCGACACCACUUACUCUGAAGUAACAAUCUCAAAGACUCAGCCGUCCAAAACAGAGUCGCCCGAGGGGUACCAACAAGAUGUAUUGAGCAAAAGGUCAAAGGUCACCUCAGAGAGAUUGGCCCUGCUGGUUCUCAGUGGUCUCCUGGUAGCUGCCGUCAUUGGUAUGGGUGUUACCAUGUUUGACAACAUAAGAUUGGAGCAAAUGUUCAAAAAACAAGGAGAUCUCAAAAACAGGAAUGAAAGUGGAAACACAAAUGUCUCAGAAAGAGAACCAUGCAGCACUGUACAGCCUACAUGUCCACAAUGUCCUACAGUAGAAGAAAGAAAACCAUCCAGCACAGUACAGCCUACAUUUCCAAAAACUCCUGACGUGAAAGAUCAGACAUGUGAUAAAUGUGAAGAAGGCUGGGAGCAACAUGGAGGAACAUGCUAUAAUUUCUCCAUCAGUAAAUCAUCCUGGAACAAGAGCAGAGAUGAGUGUAGAGCUAAAGGAGGAGACCUGGUUAAGAUAGACAGCAGGGAGGAGCAGAAUUUCCUGCAGAGAAGAGUGAGUGAAAUAAUGACUGAAGGCAAGGACAAGUUCUGGAUCGGGCUGACAGACUCAGCAGUAGAGGGCAGAUGGUUGUGGGUGGACGGGUCACCACUGAAUGAAAGUUUGAAGUUUUGGAAGGGCACAGAGCCAGACAAUUGGAAAGGGACAAAUGGGAAACAUCCUGAUGGAGAGGACUGUGUGAGGAUGGGAGAAAAAGGUGAAGCUGAUACUCCGAAGUGGUGGUUUGAUGCAUUUUGCUCAAAUCCUCACAAAAGUAUUUGUGAGAAAGCAGUGGUAAGGGGAAAGUUUAAAAAAGUAUGUGACUGAAAUUCAGUUCAGUCUAUUAAACACCAGAGUGGAGUGAUGCAGUUUUUUUUAAGUUAUCUCACAAACAGAAUAAAAUCAACAUAUUAAAAUAAAAUUUGAGUAUUAUCUUGCAUCCAAUGUUUUUCCUUUUUGAACUAAUUAUUAUAUACAAGAAAUGUGGGAGCACCUGUGAACCGUGAAGGAAUUAUAACAUCCCCAAACUUUUGAGAUACCCCUGUUAGGAAUGUUGUGUUAAAAUGGAGCAAGUAAUAGAUAUCAGUGUGAAUAAAGAGUAACUGACCAUUACAGUGUUUGAUAUUUUCCCAACUGAUUAGUGUGACACCUCCUUUGACUCUCAUCAAGGCAGAGCUGAACAAGGAACUGAAAUUACAAUGUAUUAUUUUAGCAUGAUUUUAUCAGAUAAACUGUGUGACACAGUUUGAUCUUAAGAGGCUACAGCUGCUUAAAAACUGCUUACAGGCUGUAACUGAGAAAUAUGAAUACAACACUGUUAUACGCUGUUUUCUACACCUGUUUCUCCUCUGGGGUAGUCUUGCUCUGGGUAAAUGUGUAAAACAGUAAUGUAAGUGUGAAUUCACAUGUGUACUAAAAUGCCAUGAAUUAACUAUUUCUUUAUUCAUAAUCAGAAAUACUUAAGUUAAAUGUACACACCAUAAACAGAAUGCUGGACUGUGUUGUGCUGGGAUUGAUGCAAGCAUUAGGAUGUGUGGUUUCCACAUUGUAAUUCCACAUUGUUGUGGAAUUAUGGAAAACGCCAAAUGGUGCAAAUGCAAACCACAUUUCACAUUUUCUCACUUCAAGAAGCUUAAAGUGAAUAAACUGCAGUUUAGAAGGGCUUUUAUAUUUAAAUAAUUUUUCCUUGUGUCUUUGCCUGAUUGGAUUCAACAUCCAACAUACAUGAAACAUUUAAACAUUUAAAGUAUAUGAGUACUUUUAUUUUUUGUUACUUUCUUUCUCUGAGUCCUUUCUACAGUAAAUCUAUAGUUAGGGCUGUAAUUUUGGACAAUAACACCUUUUUUUUGUUUGUUGUUGUUUUGGGGUUUUUUGCCUCCAUACACCACCACAAUGAACUAUUAAGAUGUGAGCAAAGAAAAAGUCAAAAAUCAUAAAUCCAAUUAGUGGGUCCACAAUGUUGGGCAAUGAAUGUUUUUCUGGUUACUUUCUUGGUUGCCAGAGCUGAAUCUUCAGGUGAUUUCUUCUGCACAUUGAAAGAACCAGAGGAAGAAAUAAACUGAAUAUUCCUAUGCACCCGUCUCUCCUCCUCUCCUUCUCUCUGGACAUCCAAUCACCAUUGUUGACCUGAUGUCCAGUCACAUCUUAUCAUAUCUCACUUUCUCUCGUCAAAACUCUGUGUUUGUGAGUCACUGUAUAGUCAAUGUAAUUACUCUUAUUAAGUCACACAUAUUAAAUAUUGUCUGAAUAUUUGCUUAUUCAUGCUUUUUUUUGUUGCAAUAAACUUUAUUUUGAUUGGUGAAACAGGGCAGCAAGGACUGAAGUGUAGUAGAAAGAGUUUACAGGUUUUAAGAGGCUUGAUCUUGUUGGUUAAUGUGAGCAUGAUGAAAACCCUGAAAAUGGAUUUCAGAUCUACUAUAAUAGUCUACAUUGUUAAGCUGUGGUAAAUGAAGGCUGCCUAUGGACAUCAGACGUCAUACAAAUCUCUGCAUGCCUACUGAUUGUUUCAACCAAGAGUAUAAGUGUAAUGGAGAGUCCCGCCUUUGGUCAGGAAGCAGUCAUGCUGAUAGGUUCCCACCUUGAGCUGCCUUUGGCAGACUCCCAGCUGAUCAUCAAAGAGCAAGUCCAAGUCCCAAACCUCGAGAGUCAGCAUGUCAUUUUCCUCAGCAUAGAAGUAGGAGAAUUCCUCUUCCCACCAGGGGUUCGGGUCAUUGUAGCGAACAGAUGUUUUACCCAGAGAAGUAGAACCAGAGGACACCGUGACAUAGGCAUCUGUGGUUAACAGGAUAACGGUGGGAA